GCCAACGGCUGCCACUUCCGGGGGCAGAGGCGGUGGACGGUGCCCACCGAGCAGAGAGUCGCCCGCACUCGGUGGCGAGUCGCGCCGAUAUCGGCACCAACUGGAAAUCGAUACUUAGGCGAGAGGGGACUCACCGAGCUACUUGCAAGAAAUAAACAAAUGUCUUCCUCUAGUCAGUUUAGUGACUGUGAUUGGUUUUACCACAUUCCUCGGAAACCAAAUCAAACUGACAAGAGCCAACUGCAGCUUCCACCGCCUUCCCAGAUCCCAGGUUUGAGUGAUCUUGCAGAGCCUCACAAGGAGAUUGCUUUUGAGAGACGCAGAUUAUGGAUUAGGGACACAGAUUCAGAUUAUGUAAAAUUAGCCAAGCAAGGAGGCAGGGCAGAUUUGCUGAGACACUAUUCUCCUCCUCCAAGGAAGUCACCUCCAAUUCCCUGCUCACAACCAGAAUGGUUCAUACACGCACCACCAUCCUCCACCAAGACCAAGGAGGUUCCUAAAUGGUAUUUGCCUGAGUACAUGGUUCAUGAGGAAUUUAUUCCAAGCCCAUCUGACAAUAAGUUGAAAUGUAGACUUCAUGACUCUGAUAAGACAACAUUGGAAAAGGAGGCAGAGGACAACGAAAAAGAAAAUGAAGCAAAAGUAAAGCUGAAGUUGCCAAAGAUAACGGACAAGAAGCAAAGAAACAAAUCAUUCACUAAGAAACCUGUGGAAGGUGAAAAUAAAUUUCCAGCUGUGCCUUUACCAAAGAAAAAUGAACCUGUAAAUUUCACCAAAUUAAUAGCCAAUGGGUAUGCUGAAGACUUGAUCCAGCAGCAAAAUAAGUGGAAGGAGUUACCACCAAAGAUAAAAGAACCUGGAGACUUGGUUCCUUUAAAUGAACUCCAGGAGGAGUUUAGAAAGAAAAAACCUCUUAGAAAUGCAAAUCCAAAGGGAAGAAAAGCUACUUCAACUAAAGAGGCCCAAAAUGUAUCCAUGCAAGACUCUGCAAAGUAAUCCCAUAGCUAAAACAUCACUUACCCUAAACAAUUUCAAAGACAUGCCAACUUGAACUGAGGCCUGCAGACAA